UAAUGUUGUCUAAUAAAUCUUCUAAAAAAAAGAAGCAACUGUCUGAUAUUGCUGCUCCUGGUGGUAAUUAUGGGCGUGGGAAGUCUGGUGUGGUCGCGUCUUCCAACACUGCCAUAUCAAAGUAUGCAAAUUAUACAAAUGCAAAAACUGUCAAGACUCUUGCAGCCAAACAAAAGGAGAUAGUAGAAACUUUAACAAUCGAGCAAAAUAAAUCAAUACAGAAAAUGAAUAAUGAUAAUGCAAAUCUUAUUAAAUCCAUAAGUAAUGAUCAGAAAAAGACUGUAAAAAAUUUAACCAGUUCAUACGAGAAGACUAUCAAGAAUCUAAGCGAUAAUCAUAAAGAA